AUGUGGUAUGAUUCUCCAAGUUCCUCUUUCCUCUUUUCUUCCCACGAAUGUUUUUUUCCGUUCACACGGGAUCAACCACCAGCUGUGAUUCUCAAUGCCCGUCUCUCAACCACCAGGUCUCUCUCUUACAACGAGCUUUCUGGAUCCAUCCCUGCCUCCAUUGGCUUCCUCACCAGCCUUACAGAUCUGGGCCUUCAUUCCAACAAACUCUCGGGCGCCAUCCCUCCCUCCAUUGCCUUGCUGCAAAAGAUCAAUGCACUCGACCUGAGCUCCAACCAACUGUCCGGUCCCAUCCCUGAGGAGCUUGGUUCCAUGCUCGCUCUCACAAAACUGUCAGUCACUCCCAUCCAGCACACCUCCUUGCACCCUUUCAACUUGCCAUGCACGCCAUUCUGUGUCCAGCGCUCACUCGUGCUUGCCUCACUUCCUUUCCCUGUGUACUUGCUCUUCCGUGCUUGCCGUUGCCCCAGUGAUCUUUCUGAAAACCAGCUUUUGGGCAACAUCCCUGCAGCCUUGGGAGCACUGAUCCAAAUGGAAUUCCUGUGA